CGAGGGAGCGCGGGAGGGGCGCGGGGACGGCGCGAGAGCGCCCCGCCACUCCGGCCUGAGCGGGGCCCCGGGCCGGCCGGCCUGCCUCGCCAUGCAGCCCCCGAGGUAGAGCCUGGACGGCGCCGAGGAGCGCGGAGCGGCGCGCAGCCGGCUUGCCCGCCCGCCAGCCCGAGACGGCCGUCCGGCCUCGCGCCCGCCUUUUCCCUCCAGCCCGGACCCCCCUGAAAUAUGUUCAGGGGCGCUUGGAUGUGGCCCGGGAAAGACGCCGCCGCGCUGACUAUCUGCUGCUGCUGCUGCUGGGCUCCCAGGCCGAGCGACAAACCUUGCGCCGACUCCGAGCGGGCGCAGCGAUGGCGACUGUCCCUGGCGUCCCUGCUCUUCUUCACCGUGCUGCUCGCUGACCAUCUGUGGCUGUGCGCGGGGGCCCGGCCCCGGGCCAGGGAGCUGAGCAGCGCCAUGCGGCCGCCCUGGGGGGCCGGCCGGGAGCGGCAGCCGGUGCCUCCUCGCGCGGUGCUGCCGCCGCCGCCGCAGCCGCCCGGCCAGCCCAGCGCGCCCCCAGGCACCUGCGGCCCGCGAUACAGCAACCUGACCAAAGCCGCCCCCGCCGCCGGUCCCGGGCCGGACUGCGGCGGCGUCCCAGAACCCACGGGGCUGGACGCAGCUUGCACCAAAUUGCAAUCUUUGCAGAGACUUUUCGAACCGACCACCCCAGCGCCCCCUCUACGGCCCCCCGACUCCCCUUCCCGUGCCCCGGCCGAGUUCCCCACCGCCAAAAAAAACUUGCUCAAAGGCCACUUUCGGAACUUCACUCUUUCCUUUUGCGACACCUACACGGUCUGGGACUUGCUGCUGGGCAUGGACCGCCCCGACAGCCUGGACUGCAGCCUGGACACCCUGCUGGGGGACCUGCUGGCCGUGGUGGCUAGCCCGGGCUCCGGGGCCUGGGAGGUGUGUAGCAACUGUAUCGAGGCGUACCAGCGGCUCGACCGACAUGCUCAGGAAAAAUAUGACGAGUUCGACCUCGUGCUGCAUAAAUACUUACAGGCAGAAGAGUACUCAAUCCGGUCCUGCACGAAAGGCUGUAAGGCUGUCUACAAGGCCUGGCUGUGCUCAGAAUACUUCAGCGUGACCCAGCAGGAAUGCCAGCGCUGGGUGCCCUGCAAGCAAUACUGCCUGGAGGUGCAGACCCGGUGCCCCUUUAUCCUCCCUGACAAUGAGGAAAUGGUGUACGGAGGGCUCCCUGGCUUUAUCUGUACAGGGUUGCUGGAUACUUCGCCAAAGCGGCCGGAAGCCAAGUGCUGUGACGUGCAGUGGGUCUCCUGUGAGUCGGAGAAGAAGAAGUUCAAGGAGUCUGAAGCCCCCAAAACCCACCACCAGCAAUUCCACCACUCUUACUUCCACCACUACCACCAACAGUACCCCCACUACCACCCCCGCCACGACCCCCCAGGCCGCCUCAGCCGCAAGUCCUCCCUGCUGCCGGUCUCUGGGGGCUCCCGCCUCAGUCCCAGCAGGAUCCGGCUCUACGUCCUUGUUCUCAUGCUCCUCCAUACCAUGGUGUCCUUCUCCAGCGGCCAGGGUGGUGGGGGACCGGGCCUGGAGGCACUGCCUGCCCUAGACGAGGGCCUGACUCGGGAAGAGUGACAGCAAGGAGGGAGAUCAGACCUCCACCACACACCGACAUCAGCUCCAGCGCCCCCCUCAGGGGGAGGGGGAGGGGGCCCCUCCCGUGGGAGGUGUAGAACCAGGUGGGGGGCGGGGGAAAUGGGGCAAUCACACAUCGCCCCCUACCAACCCCCACUCCAAAAGCAGCUCCAACAGAACCGCCAGAGGGCCUCAGGGAGCUGCAAAACUCACUGGGAGAAAAAGGCAGGAGCAGCAGGUGCCCCCCUCCCAGGCCCCCAUCUAUGGGGCUUAGCCAAAAAAAAAGGGGGAGAGUGGGGGGUGGAAAUGCCCACCGCCACUGAGAGCCCUGACCCCAAGGAAGGAGGCUGCUUACCCAGCCUUGGCCCUUCAGGGAAUGUUGGGGGGCACAGAGGGGAGAAGCUCUUUCCCCCCUCCGCAUUCCUUUUGUUGCCACGAUCCUUAAUUCCCUCCUGCCCAUACCCCUACAGGCAACGGCAGACGAUGCAGCGGCCCUCCUCCCGCUCCAGCGCACCUUGUCCCAUGUGGGGCCGCCACAGGGAAGGGCCAGGCUGGGACAUGAGGUGUACACAGUUGCAGCUAGGUCAGGGCCCCAGUUAAGCUGUGCCCCAGCACCCUAGGCGAUGAGGUAUAGGAACGGGGUGCAGAAUGAGUGGCGGGAGAGAGUGGAGAUGAUAGGGAAGAGGGAGAGGAGAGGAGAGAGGUGGGCAGAGGGCUUAGAGAGAUGGCUGAAUGGGCUGUCACCACCUGGCUUUGGGGAGGCAGAUGAUCAGUGUUGAGGCAGGCUCGAGGACACGUCCCCAAAUCAGAAAGGGUUGCGUAAGGAGCCCUCUGGAGAAGGAGCACAGGGACUGCCGCUGUCCGAAGGGCCAUAUCUUACAGAAGGUGCACAUACUCCCAAGGGCCACUCUUGCCCUGGAGAUCUUGGCCUUGGGGCCAAAGAUGUUUCCAUUUCUGAUCUCCAUGGGGAGGAGGGACUUAAGCCCAAGAGGGUCAGGCCUGGCCUGGGUCCCCAGACUCCCCCAUCUCGUCCUAGCCCAGGCCUCCAUGAAGGAAACCUUGGUGGCGUUGCCCCAGAGCUUUCCAGAGAUGAGCCUCCCCCAUCCCCAGCCUGUCCCCGUCCCCAGCCUACCAAAGAGUAUUCAUCCCUUCUCAUCCCUGACCCCAUGGGUUACUAUCCCAAUUGUGGAACCACCAGACUGCUCCUCACCCUGUAGCAGGUCCCCUAAUCCAGCCACCCCUGCCCCUAGCUGGAGAAAGUCCAGAAACUGGCAAGAGGACCCGCUAAAUAAAGACGAUGUGCUGUGGUCCCUUGGUUGAGAGACUUGAAGUGUUUAGUCAGGCUAGAGAGCUGCACGAGAGAAGAGGCCUGGAGAGCCCCUUGGGGGCCAUUAGCCUUGUGCUGAUCUCCUAGGAGUGGGAGGCCACAUGGCCUGGGAUAUCUACAAGCCAAUAGGAGCAGACGAGAAAGGAAGCCACAACUGUGUUCCUGGGACAGGCCAAGCGGCUUUCAGUUCCAGAAGGGCCUGUGUCCUGGGAUGCAAUGCCAGUGAGUUAAGGGGAGGGGUGGGCUUGGAGCUGCAU